AUGAAUUUGUUAGUUAAUAAAGCAAUUCGAGAGGAUGAUUUACUUUCUCCUAAAUUUAUUGAAUCUAAAGUACGUUUACGACACCAAAUUGAAAUUGGAGAUAAUGGAAUUAGUCAAAGAGAAAUAAUAUUACUUGCUGAGAUUAUAGAAGGCACAGAACCAAUAACAAUUAAAUGGUUUACACCAAACCGUGUCGAAAUAACUAAUGACCAUUUAAAUGCUUAUCGUAUUGAUCGUGUAGGGAAGGAUUCUCGACUGACAAUUUUUGAUGCGUUUCCUACAGAUACAGGGGAUUACAAAUGCUUGGCAGAAAAUAAAUUUGGUACUGCAAAGUGUAUAUUUGAGUUAAAAAUUAAUGAAAAAAAUAAUUUUAACUACAAUAUUGAACAAAAACCCCCUACUGUUUCCGCUAAACAAUCAACUAUUUAUGCAAAACAAGGACAACGUUUUGUUGAUUUAAUUUUUAGUGUUUUUGGGGAUGAAACUGUGAUAUGUUGGUAUAGGAUUGUGCAAGAUUCUGAACAACACAUAAUCCCUAACACUAAAAAAUAUGAAGCCAGUAAUAAAGAUAACGGACAAUGCGUAUCUUUGCGAAUUUAUGAUUUACAAAUUAAUGAUGCUAGUCAAUAUAAAAUUGUUGCAAUAAAUCGUUGUGGGGAGGCUUCUGGAAUUAUUAAACUUUUCGUUAACACAAACAUAAAUAUUAAUGAGAACAAAAAAUCAGCCUUGUGGUAA